ACUCCAACUUCCAACUCAAAAUCACCAUAAAUGAUGAUGUGAAUCCCUUUAAAAACCCCAAACUAUUCCAAUCCCACUAUCCCACUCCAUACUCACAAAUCUCAUCGGUUUCAUCAAGAUUAUACAGCCAUGGGCUAUUUUUCUUCUUCAUCCUCAAUCUUUGUAUUGACUCUAGUCAUUCUGUUCUGUUCUAUUCAAUCAUCAUCAGCUCAAAUUACAGUCUUAUCAUCACCAUCUGGUAUUAAGGAAUCGGAAUUUGCUUAUUCUUCAGAUGCUAGUAAAGUUACUCUAGCACUUCACUAUGAAACUCUGUGUCCCUAUUGUUCAAAUUUCAUGGUGAAUUAUUUACCACAAAUUUUCACAAAUGGACUCAUUGAUAUCAUCGAUCUGCAACUCAUUCCUUAUGGUAAUGCCAAAAUUACUUUUGACAAAGUCAUCACCUGCCAGCAUGGACCAACUGAGUGUGAAUUGAACACAGUGGAAGCAUGUGCACUGCAAGUCUGGCCUGCUCAGGAUAAGCAUUUCAAUUUCAUUAAUUGUGUGGAGACCUUUGUUUACAACGGCCAGCAAUCUCAAUGGAAAUCUUGUUACUCAAAAUUGGGCUAUGAAGAGCAACCUAUUAAUGAAUGCUACAACAGUGGGUUGGGACAACAGCUUGAGUUAGGAUAUGCAAAGGCUACAGGGGCUCUUAACCCCCCUCAUAAAUAUGUUCCAUGGGUGACCGUCAAUGAUGUUCCCCUUUAUGAUGAUUAUCGCAGCUUCCAAACAUACGUCUGCAACGCCUACCAAGGCACUAAGCCAGCAGCUUGUCAAGGACAGCGAAUGGAUAUCAUCCCUAAUGCUAAUUCAAACCAAAUGCUUGAAGUUACUUUCAUGGAGGAAACAUCUCCAACAACUAAUAUCAAGUCUCCGAUGGCUAAAGCAAGGCGCCAAAUGAAAUUCUGAGUAAUAUAUCGAAAUGCUCCCAACAUUACGGAUAUAAGAUUCAUACAUAUCAAUACUUGAUGCCAGUCUUCCUUCUGUUUUAGAUAUCAUUUUGUACAUAGUGGGCAUCUUAUUCUAAAUAAUCGCAGUGUUGAAGAAUUGUUGGGACUAUAUAUAACAGUGUUAUUUGUUUUGAAUCAAAUGGAUAUUGAUUUACCAGUAGAA